AUGGGCAGGACCAUGGGACACUUGUUCAUGCUGUGGGUGGCUGCUGGCAUGUGCUAUCCCACCCUCGGUGCUUCUGCCUGGUCAGUGAACAACUUCCUGAUAACAGGUCCCAAGGCCUAUCUGACCUACACCACCAGUGUGGCCUUGGGCGCUCAGCUUGGUAUCGAAGAGUGCAAGUUCCAGUUUGCCUGGGAGCGGUGGAACUGUCCUGAGCAUGCUUUCCAGUUCUCAACCCACAGCAGGCUGAGAGGUGCCACGAGAGAGACAUCCUUCAUUCAUGCCAUCCGCUCUGCGGCCGUCAUGUACGCCGUCACGAAGAACUGCAGCAUGGGUGACUUCGAAAACUGCGGCUGUGAUGAGUCACAGAAUGGAAAGACGGGUGGCCAUGGCUGGAUCUGGAGAGGCUGCAGCGACAAUGUGGAAUUCGGGGAAAAGAUCUCCAGACACUUCGUGGAUGGUUUGGAGAAAGGGAAGGAUGCCAGAGCCCUGAUGAAUCUUCACAACAACAGGGCCGGCAGGCUGGCAGUGAGGGCCUCCAUGAAAAGGACCUGCAAAUGCCAUGGCAUCUCAGGAAGCUGCAGCAUCCAGACGUGUUGGCUGCAGCUGGCUGACUUCCGGCAGAUGGGAAAUUACCUAAAGGCCAAGUACGAUCGCGCGCUGAAAAUUGAGCCGGAUAAGCGCCAGCUAAGGGCUGGCAACAGAGCCGAAGGCCGCUGGGCUCCCACGGAGGCCUUCCUUCCCAGCGCAGAGGCUGAGCUGAUCUUCUUAGAGGGGUCUCCGGACUACUGCAACCGCAAUGCCAGCCUGGGCAUCCAAGGCACAGAGGGGCGGGAGUGCUUGCAGAAUGCUCGCAUUGCAUCCCGCCGGGAGCAGCGCAGCUGUGGGCGCCUGUGCACGGAGUGUGGGCUGCAGGUGGAGGAGAAGACAAUAGAGGCCGUGAGCAGCUGUGACUGCAGCUUUCAGUGGUGUUGCACUGUCAAGUGUGGCCAGUGCAGGCGUGUGGUGAGCCGGUACUACUGCACACGCCCUGCAGGUAGUGCCGGGCCCCGGGUCAGGGGCAAGGACAGUGCGGGGUAA